AUACCAAGAAAGACGUUGCUUCUGCGUCGUACUCAUAAUAACUAGAAGUCAUUUUUACUUGGAUUGUUUGUGCGACUUGUUCUAAAGUUAUUUCAACUGAAAAAAAUUAAAAAAUGAAAUUUUCAUUUUUCUUUGCUCUUUUCCUCGUUUUUCACUUUUCCAAUGGCUUCGCCCUGUCACCAGAAAUACUCGCUCGAUUUAACGAAAUCAGAGACAGCAUCAUGGAAACAUUAACAGAAAUGAAAGAAAAAAUAGCACAGAGCUUCUCUAACAAGGACUCGAAAUCUGUUGAAAAUGCUGCGAAUGCUACAGAUCCAGAUUCCGAUGACGGAAUGGGUCCCAUACCUGAUUUUAUAAAAACAGUCCAAGAGGCAGUAGAACCAGCUGUAGAAGCUUUUGAAAACGCCAGUGCUAAUGCAACUCAAGCCAUUGCUGACACAUUCAGUCCUAAAUCCUGUGAUGGAGAAGAAGAUGCACAAGGCCUACCUGACUACAUUGAACCAUUUGCAGAAGCUUUUGACGCCAGUGCUAACGCAACUCAAGCCGCUGCUGAUGCUGCAAAAGAAGUUGCAGCAGGUUUCGUUGAACAGGCAUCAACAUAUUUUGUCUAAUUAAUGCAAAACGUUUCAAUAAGUGUAAAUGUUUAAUAAACGAAUUUCAAAAAAAGUUUGAGUUGUA